AUCAAUCUAUCUCCAAAGAAGAAGUGUGAAGAAAAGAAUGAUAUCCUUUUAGUUGCAAUGAAGAUGCUAAAAGCACAAUUACGUCAUCUUCCUUUGGGUUUCAAUACUACACAUAAACUAUAUCAAUUUCAUUACUGUGAUGCGGCUAAUUAUCCUGUUACAGUAACAAUGAGUUUAAAUACUUGCAUUGUCUCUCAUUCUUAUGCAACGGUUGUUGAACCAGAAAAUAAUAUUCCUUGCGAUGGUAAUGAUGAUGAAAGUGAACCCAUAAAAUAUGUAGCAUAUGCAUUAGAAGAGGCAUUACGUAAAUUUCAACAACAAUAG